AUGCUCGUAUGCAUACUGCUGGGUGCGCUGCUGGCACCUGGCGCGUCCGCCGCGCGCCCUGCGCAGCAGGCCUGGGGGGCAUUGCAGAGCCACCAGGAGGUACACGCAAAGCGGGCCGGACGGCAGGCGGACUGCUGCAGUGAGACCUGCGCCUGGAACGGCCUUAUUUGUGCCUCCUGGCCGCUCUUCUCCUCAGACGACAAGGAGCUCUGGCUCGCGGAGUGCUGCACCGACGAUGUGGAUAUGGAGGAGGCCGUGAAGAAGGAGCUGUGUGCUGCCGUGAGCCCGGAGCGGAAGCAGGCUGCGCUUGCCAAAGCAAGGGAGGCGGGACUGCUACCCCAAGAGGAGGAAGAGGAUGAGGAGAUGGGGACACAAGAGCCGAGUGAGGGAGAGACGGAGCCUGCAAGAGAGGAGCAGCGGACGACAGGUGCGGGCAUCGAAGCCGCGACCACCAACACCACCAACACCACGCAGGACGUGGACGAGAAAGAGAAGCCGAAGCAAGAGAAGCCGAAGCAAGAGAGGACGCGCGGGCAGGGCUGCCCGAAGGUUUUCCAGCGCAUGCUUUCCGCACAGGCUGCAGCUGCAGACCGUGCAAGGAGGGUUUUUCCAGUCAUGGCCUCAGCCAACCGCUUCUGUUCGGAUUUGAUGCAGUUCGCCUUCGAGCAGUCCCAGAAGUCAAUCGACCCCGAGCCGGGACCUGGAAAUGACAGCGUGGCGGCCAUACUUCGCUUGUACAGCUCAGACGACUGCGAAGGCGACCCACACACGGAGAUCAACCUUAGAACUACCAGCGAGAACCACUGUCACGGCUGCCUGGACCGCUGCUCGUCGGCAAGUUCUGGCUUUCGCUCCAUGAGGCUUGAGGGCGGUCCCGGCGAUGCAGCUGCGGUGGCAUGGAACUGCGUUGGCAGUUACAACAGCUACGAUUCUGCUGGAUUCGCGCGGGGAGGGUUGGUACAAGCAAAUGCGGGCUGUCACUUCUCGCGAGGCGGGGGAGCUGUGGUGCUAUGCUCAGCCGACUUGGCAAAUGACAACUAUCUCCAGGAGCUGUCGGCCACUUGCGGGGCCUUUUACGCACCAGCAACAGGUAAGAUACCCAUGGAAGUUUUCCUGGAGGAGGUGGCUCUAUCGCAGCUCCGGGCCGGCGAGGGCAUCUGCCGCAAGGUCCUCACAGGUUCCUUAGGGUCUGGGCCUGAAAGCCAGGAGUGGGCCACGGAGGCCGCAGAGCCCUCAGAGGACGGAAGCCUGCACAAGCUCGGGCGCCUGCAGACAGUGAAGCAGAGCCCCAUGCGGCCCGCCUGGGCUUUGGAGCUGUCCCUACGAGAGGUUUGCAAGGACGAGUGCAAGGAGCUCGUCCAGGGUAUCCGUGACGAGGUGGACCACAUUGUGGAAGAUCUGCAGAAUGCCAGCUUCGCCGAAUCCUGUGCCCAGCGCGUCGUGAAACGCGUGGAGGCCCACAUCCUGGGCUGCUGCGCCGACAGCUGCGGCUGGAACGAAAAGACGUGUGUGUGGUGGCCGUUCUUCAGCCAAACCCAGCGUGCGCAGUGGGAGGACGAGUGCUGCGCGGAGCAGAACAUCUUGGAGGGCUCAGAGCGGGAGAGGAUGUGCGAUGCCACCUUGACGAAAGAGCAGAAGGAAAAGCUGCCCAGGUACAGCAUGAACAAAGACAUUAACGGUGCCCUGAUCGGCCAAGACAGGCUGGUGUGGAUGCCCAGCGGUGUUCCCCAUGACAGGAAGGACCGCGCAGUGAGCGGCGAUACGGUGUCCAACAAUUUUCUGCUGAACUCCGAUGUCUCCGCUCGGCAAGGCAUUCGUGACAAGUGGUGGCAGGUCGGGGCGCCAGCCACCGAAAGCUCUCUCUUGCAGCACCAUUACGGCGAGCACGGCCAGCGGGGCCUUCGCAGCCACUCUGCUGGGCUCUCCCAGUGCCUCGAGCCUUUCAAAGCCAUGAGCGUCGCACAGGAGCUGGCAGGGAAAUGGAUGAUGAUCCCGGCUUCCUAUUUCCCCACAGCGUGUGGCACUCCUAAGGCGGAAGGGCAAGGGCCGGACGAUUUGGGAGAGGCCUGCAUGGCUUUCAAGCAGAACGCGAAAGGUGAUCCGGUCUGCUUCGACGUAGUCCUCGACGUCAACAAGAAGGCUUCAACGACAGCAUGGAAUAAAGUGUGGUACCUUGCGGACGAAAUCACUGAGAAUUCAGCGGACCACUUGCAAACCAUGCGAACGUUGGUCUUCCUGAAACAGUCGCUACGACCCUGA